UCUGUGUCUGCGCCUGCGCUCUGAAUGCUGGGCUACAGCGCGCCUACAGUUUUGUUCCGUUCGGUUCCGGCCCGGGCUGCAAAGCAACCGAGCGCCGGUGGCGUCUCCACUUCCCCGUCGCUCCGCGCUCCGGCCUUUCACCGACUAGCUGCAGAAGGGGGAAAAUUCCUGCUGAUGAAGUCACCUGCCUCAAACUGACACUCCAUCAAUUUCAGUUUCAAACCAUGGGUGGCUGAGGAGUCUCCCGACACCUUCAUGGAUCUGAGAAGGUGUGCAACUGCGAGCAUAGCAAGAUCCCAGCGUAUCGCCCUGAAACAACCCUUAUCGCAGUAUCAAUGUUGCAAUGCAUGUAAUGUAGACAUCGCGGAUCCCAGGGAGGUCUGCGUGUGUGCGCGUUCCUCGGGCAAGGAUACACUCUAUCCAAUGCACCAGAGUUACUUGCAAGUUGCAUUCGUUUGCCACAUCUCGGGCUCCGACUGAAGAUUCUUCGCUCUGUGUCUGUUGACUAUGGCUCUGGCCUUUGGUCUACUCGGCGGCACCUCUGCUACUUUCCAGGAUGCCGGCUGGUUGAUUCUCUUGCUGCUGUUCGCGGCCUCCAUAGUGACAGUGUUGACUUGGCUGGUGCAGUAUUCCUUCGGGAUUUUACGGCGUUCCGGCCUGGCCGCUCUUCGGCACCGGCCUCCCGCAGCCCUGGGAUUGUGGAGCUCACUCCUGCAGUUGGGCUGCUCCCGUGAAGAUAGCGGCUCCACCUCGGGGCUCCGGCAUCUGCUCAGGUCCCUCUCCUCCUUCAAGUCCUUCAGAGACAAUUGGCAGAAGGCAUGGAUCAGGGCGCUGAACGACCAGGCUUGUCGUAUUGGGAGUUCCGUGCAGAUCAGCUUUGAAGAGGGCUCGCAGCUGCCGUCAACAGCAGGCAUCAGUCAUGUGACGUGUACCGAACAGUCAGAGCAGAGCAUGGUGCUUUGUUGCAAUAUAGCGGUGGAUGCAAUUCAGUUCCCUGUGUCCGUUACUCAGCAGUCUCCAGCAGCCGUAUCUAUGGAUUCUUACCAAGUCACCUUGGCACCACUUCAGGCUCAGAUGGAGAUCUGUUUGGAAGAAGCAGAGAUGAAAGGCCUGCUGGUUACUUGGUCAUUCAAGGAGCCCCCUGCUCUGUCCCUCACAGUUACUCCUAAACUACAGCGAGGGGAGAAUGAUGGGAAAGCAGACAUCUCCACCAUCAAAGAAUUGAUUGAGGAUACAAUCGUCAGCACCAAUCCAGCCAUGUUGAUCAAUCUCGAGGCACACAUCACAAACACAUUGGUGGCAGGGGAGAAACCUGGUAAAGCCUCGACUCCUCCAUCAAAGAUCACACUUAAUGCUGCGGGUAAACUGGUGGUCAGACAGCUGAAGGCCAAUAUCAGCAGAGUGGAAGAAGUGGGUGGUGGAGAACUGUGCUGUGUGAUGGAGCUUGAUAGGCCUGCACAGCUGAAAAGAACCAGAUCUGUGACACCCACAUCUCAGAGCCCAAGCACUGAUCUGAAGUGGAACGAUGAACUAACCUUUGAGUUGGGAGCAGAAACCAAGGAGAUGAAAGUGAAAGUCCUGGAGAAGACAGAACAAAGUGAGAAUGUAUUAUUGGGACAGAGUGUGAUCCCACUGGAUUUAUCUCGGAGAUCACCUUCUGGAUGCCAGAGCUUUCCCUUAGCAGCCUCUCCAGAAAUGUCGAGUACUUCCGCUGGAUCAGUCUCACUGGAGUUGAUCUACGUGGAGCCAACAGAUCCCAAGCCAGCCCAGUCACUGCUCCCUCUGCGGACAACUGUCACCCCUACGAAAAAGGUUGAAAUGGAUCGAACAGUAAUGCCUGAUGGAACCAUAGUGACAACAGUAACGACCAUCCAAUCCAGGCCUAAAUUGGAUAGCAAAAUAGAUUCUCCAACAAGGUCACCCUCCAAGGUGGAAGUAACGGAGAAGAGAAACAUCAAGCUGGAUGAUAGCCCCAUGAGUCAGCCUCCCAAUAACGUAGUGGACAACCACCUCGCUAAUGGUUUGGAUCCGGUCGUACAGACUGCGAUUCGGCAGCUGACAGAAUCUGCUAACAAGCCUAGCAAAAAGACACCGACCAAGCGCAGCACACUGAUUAUUUCAGGAGUUUCAAAGUCUCCCAUUGAUCAGGAAGAAAUGGCUCUGUCUGUGGGCUAUGCAGCAGCUAUGGAUGCCUCUCUGCAGUCCGAGCCGGGGUUGCCCGCCCUCCCCCACUGCAGUGCUCAGGCUGCACUAGAGUCGCCCAAAUCCACUGAUUCUCUGAACCAGCGGCAACCAGCCAGCCAAGACCCGGACGAAGCCGUUGCAUCUGAUAUUUCAGAGCGGCCAUCAGUGGAUGAUGUAGAAUCUGAAACAGGGUCAACGGGAGCACUGGAAACAAGAAGCUUGAAGGAUCACAAAGUUGGCUUCCUACGAAGUGGAACCAAGCUUUUGUUCAGAAAGAAACACAAGCAGAAGGAGUCAGGCUUUAGUCACUCCCACGAUGACCUAUCCAAUGUGAGUGACAGCCCUUCAUCUACACGGAAGAAAUCAGGAAGCUUCUCUCGGAAGCUUAUUAAGCGCUUCUCUUUCAAGUCCAAGUCCAAGUCAAAGGCCAACACAAACGGCAAUUCUGGGGCAAGUGGGAACUGAAUGUGCUGGAAUGCCCAGACAGCAUUGUUAGAUUGGGUACUUGGAGGUUCAACUGACAACAAGAGGCAAAGCACUAAGGGGCCCAUCUGAGAUUGUUGCAGUAAUUUCUAUCCUGGGUUUCUUUUCAGUGACUUUCUGUGAAAUGAUAAGAGUGCUAUCAUCAUUCAUCUGCCAUCGCUUGUGAAAGCCACUUUGCAGUAACAUUUCUCCCAAGUCUGACAAUGUUGUGUUGAUGGGAAAUAAAAUGGACCUUUCAACAGCCUGAAGCCAAGGAAAUCCUGAGAUAAAGACUAAGACACAAAUGCAUUUGUUUGGUGACACUAGCUUUGAAUGUAAAUUAACAACCAGAUUUAACCUUUCCCCAACUUUAUUUAUUGAAAGUCUAUAACUUUGCCAAGCUUUGGCAGCUGUACAAGAUAUUUUAUUAGAAAUACUGUUGUAAUGUUUUAAUUGGGAGGAAUGAAUUAUUAUUGAUUGCUGCCUAUUCUUGCAUUUACUGAUUUAUUGAUAUUUUGAAAAUGUAAAUGUAGAGACAAAAUUUAAUUCUUUCUCAGAAAGGAAAACCAGCUCUCUGUUCUCCUUAGAUCCUGAAAGACAUCCAAAACAAGGCAUGAUGAGAUGGGUUAUUUAUACAGGGGGAGAAUGUACUUGCUUUGGGAAAUUGAGAUAACAUUAGUCUGUUGCAUUUGUUGCACUUUCUUGCAUUCACCAGGUUUACUGGCAGAUCACAUCCUGCUUUCCCUGUAGACCAGGAUGUUGAAUCUCAUUCUGGCCAAGGCCUGGUGAAGGCACGGAGAAUAUUUGUGAGGAAUGUGAAUCUUCAUUUUCAGAGAGAGGCCAUGUCUUUGGAGCAUGGAUAUAGGGAAAGAUUUGAAAAUCAGCCAUGAUUGAAUGGCGGAGCGGACUUGAACAGCCGAAUUCUGCUUCUGUAUCUUAUGGUCUUAAGGCCUUGUUCCAAAUUUUGAAGAUAUUUGGUAAAAGCAACUGGGCAAUAAACAGUUUCUAAUGGUACAAGCUUUGGGAAUUGAUGACAGAUAAGUUUUUUUUAAUGCAGUGAGUUAUUUGAUGUGAAGUGCUUCUCCUAAAAAGAGUAGGAAUAGGUUCAAUUGUAAGUCUCAAAGUGGACAUCAAAGAGAGAAAAUUUGCAGGGAUACAGAGGAAGAGUAAGGAAGUGGCUCUAUCGAAAAGUUUACCUAGGCACAAUGGACUGCAGUGUCUUCCAUAAUGUAUCGUUCUUUGGUUUUAUAAAUAUCCCAUUGGCCCAAUAGUGACUGAGUGUAACUUAAAUAAAUGUCAUUAGAAAAUGCUGGAAAACACUCCACAGGUCAGGGUGCAUCGGUGGAGAGACAAAAAGAGUUACUGUUUCAGGCUGAUGAAUUCAGAUUCCCAACAAACCAUUUCAGAUGACAAAUGUUCCCUGUAAUAUUAGCUGUUACCUCUCCAACAAUCUUCCUGACCUGAAGAGUGUUUUUAAUCUACCUUCAGAUUUUAUUUUAGAAUUUUUGGCAAUUGUCACUAUUUUUGUGCUUGUCAAAGAAAAUCACGUUCACAAUGGGUGGUGGGCUAUAAUUUAAUAUGAAGAUAAUAUUUACCCCCAUGUGAAGGAACUGACGUGAGACCAUACAGUAACCAUUAUCACGAUACCCAGUGGAUGCGUAGCCUUUGGCAUAGCCACAAUAAGAUAGUUACUAAGAUGCCCGAGGCAUGUUCAUGAUAAACUUUGUAUAUAGAGAAAUUUAUACUAGUGCAAGUCUAUCCUGCAGUGCUUGGUGAGACUGCCUAUAAAAGAUGAUUUGUGCCCAGUUUCUUGAGCCACGCUGACUUUAUGGAUUAGAUCUCCACUCCAAUUAAUUUGUUUUAGUUUUUGUUCUAUCGAUAAAUACUAAGGCAUCUCAGUUGCCACCUCACCGAGAUUGGUGAUUAUUCCAAGACUUCUUGCACGUAGCUCCUUAUGAGAUACACAUGUAAAAAGGAUUGUCCACAAUAAACCUUAAUCAUGUCUUUUCUGCAGCCAGGUGAAGGAUGGUGAAUGAAUAUAAUUACGAUGUGACAUCAUCUUAGCUCCGACAGUCACUUUGUAGCGGCAGGUAACGCUUUGGAAAUCACAGCCAGCCAGUUGGCUUCCACUUCUUGCAGAGUGGACUCUGUUCUGAAAUUAGUUUUCGUUAAGAAUGAAAAAUAUAUCAAAAACCUUAAAAACCUCAAAAAAUAAUCCUCCUAGAGACAAGUGGAAAGAUUACCUCUUAAGAAUAACCAGUCAGCUGACAUAAAGCCCAGAUUACCAAGAUGGAGAUGUGUGUUGGGUUUGGAAGGUCACUGGUCAUCAUUAUUUGCUACUGGUUUACAGAGUGGUACAAUCUGUUAAGAUGGGGGCUGGUCAAACCCCAGGAAGCAAACACCAUUUUAGGAGGUACAUAUCUGUAGGUACUUUCCCAUAGAUUACUGUGGGCUGCACUGUCCUGAAUGCUACUUUAAACCCAAACUCAUUUCCUGAAGUUUCUUGGAAAUAAAUGUUUUAAAAAUGUAUUGUUCACACAGCAACUGCAUGUUUUAAUAAAGAUUUUGAUUGUUUUUAAGUGUAUGAUUUGAAAAAGGUUGGCUCCAUCCUGGACAAAGCAUUGACAUUCUAUUCACCACCCUCUGGCCCUCUAUGACUGUGGUGCACCAUCUUGACAAGGUUUCUUCCAAAGGCAACACUUUCCAAUCCCGUCAUUUCUUCAUCAAGAAUGACAAGAGCAGGAAGUACGUGGGAACCAAACUACAGAUUUAUCAGGCAAGAUUUCCACUUAAAGGAGCCAUGCUGACUGUGGCCUAUUUUAUCGUGUGCCUCAAGGUACCCUGAAACCACAUGCUUAACAAUCGACUCCAACAUCUUCCCAACCACUGAGGUCAGGUUAACUGACCUAGAAUUUCUUUUGUUCUGCUCCCCUAGUGAUUCUUAAAAGAUCAUUACUAAUGCAUCCACAAUCUCUUCAGCUACCUCUUUCAGAACCUUGGGGUGUGGUCUAUCUCAUCCAGAUUGACUUAUCUACCUUAAAAUCUUUAAGCUUCCCAUGUAUCUUCUCCUUAGUAACAGCAACUACACUCACUUCUGCCCCCUGGCACUCUUGAACAUCCAGCAUACUACUGUAUCUUCCACAGAGAAGAAUAAUACAAAAUACUUAAGUUUAUCUGCCAUUUUUUUGCCCUCAUUACUACCUCUCCAGCAUCAUUUUCCAGCAGUCCAAUACUGUACCUACUGUUGCCUCUGUUUUACUCUUCAUAUAUUUGAAAAAACUUUUGGUAUUCUCCUUGAUAUUAUUGGCUAGCUUCUCUUCAUGUUUCAUCUUUUCUCUCCUGAUUGCUGUUUUAGUUGCCUUCUGAUGGUUUUUAAAAGGUUCCGAAUCCUCUAACUUCCCACUAAUUUUUGCUCUAUUACAUUCCCUCUCUUCUGCUUUUAUGUUGGCUUUUACUUCCCUUGAUAGUCACGGUUGUGUCAUUCUGCCUUUAAAGUAUUUCAUCUUUGGGAUGUAUCUAUCCUGCCCCUUCCAAAUUGCUCCCAGAAACUCUAGCCUUUACUAUUCUGCUUUCAUCCCUGCUAGUAUCCCCUUCCAAUCAACUUUGGGCCAACACCUCUCUCAUGCCACUCUGUAAUUCCCUUUACUCUACAGUAAUACUGAUAUAUUUGACUUCUCCCUCUCAAAUUGCAGGGUGAAGUCUGUCAUAUUAUGAUCAAUGUCUCAUAAGGGUUCCUUUAUCUUAAACUCCCUCAUCAAAUCUGAUUCAUUACACAACACCCAAUCCAGAAUUUUCUUUUCCCUCGUGGGUUCAACCGCAAGUUGCUCUAAAAAGCCUUCUAAUAUGUGUUCUACCUAUUCCCUGUCUUGGGAUCCAGCACCAUUUUGAUUUUCCCAAUUUAUCUGCAUUUUGAAAUCCCCCUGACUACCAUAACAUUGCCCUUAUGACAUGCCUUUUCUGUCUCCCAUUGUAAUCUGUAGUCCACAUCCUGGCUACCGUCCAGAGGCCUGUCAUCAGGGUCUUUUUACUCUUACAGUUUCUGAACAAGAAUUCUACAUGCUCUAAUCCCAUGUCACCUCUUUCUAAGGAUUUUAUUUUAUUUUUAACAACAGAACCACCCACCCCCUUUGCCUACCUGCCUGUGUAUUCUUGGAUGCUAAGCUCCCAGCUGUGAUCUUCUUUCGAUCAUGAUUCAGAGAUGCCCACAACAUCACACCUGCCAAUCUCUAACUGCACCACAAGCUACUUUAGUUUGUAUACUGUAUGCAUUCAAAUAUACUGUAACACCUUUGGUACUGCAUUCAUUACUCUUUUCGAUUUUGCCUCCAUGUUACACUUCAACUUAUCCAACUGAUUAUACUUUGCCAUUCCAUCAUGGCUGAUUUAUUAUCUUCCUCCUCCCUGUAACAUUUGACACCCUUACUAAUCCAAAACCUAUCAACCUCCGUUUUAAAUAUACUCAAUGACUUGGCCUCCACAGCUGUCCAUGGCAAUAAAUUCCACAGAUUCACCACCCACUGGUUACGGAAAUUCCUCCUUGUCAGUGUAUUCUGAGGCUGUUCACUCUGGUCUUAGAUUCCCCCACUAUAGGAAACAUCCUCUCCAUGUUAUCCUGGCCUUUCAGUAUUCGGUAGGUUUCAAUGAGAUUCCCCCACAUCUUUUGAAUCUCAAGUGAGAAUGAGCCCAGAGUCAUUAAAUGCUCCUCAUAUGUUAACCCUUUCAUUCUCGUAAACCUCCUCCAGACCCUCUCCAAUGCCAACACAUCUUUCUUUAGAUAUGGGACCCAAAACGGCUCACGAUACUCCAAAUGUGAUCUGAUGAAUGCGUUAUAAAGUCUCAGCAUGUUGGCGUGUGGCCAAGUGGUUAAGGCAUUCGUCUAGUGAUUUGAAGGUCGCUAGUUCGAGCCUUGGCUGAGGCAGCGUGUUGUGUCCUUGAGCAAGGCACUUAACCACACAUUGCUCUGCGACGACGCUGGUGCCAAGCUGUAUGGGUCCUAGUGCCCUUCCCUUGGACAACAUCGGUGGCAUGGAGAGGGGAGACUUGCAGCAUGGGCAACUGCCGGUCUUCCAUACAACCUUGCCCAGGCCUGCGCCCUGGAAACCUUUCAAGGCGCAAAUCCAUGGUCUUGCAAGACUAGCGGGUGCCUAUAAAGUCUCAGCAUUACAUCCUUGCUUCUGCGUUCUAGUCCUCAUAAAACAAAUGUUAACAUUGCAUUUGCCUUCCUUGCUUAUAUUGUCAAUUAUCAUGCUCUUAUGAAUAAAGGGCAAAGCAUUUGUUUUCAACCCACUACUUUUUGCUUCUCCUUCAAAUUUUAAUGGAUUUGCGUUAAAGAUUUGCAUAUAAGGUAAACUAAGUGAUAUUCACAUUGAAAAUAGUUCUAUU